AUGAGACCACCCCGACUGUCUGCUACUCUAACCUUUGGGUUCAUUGUAGGCCCUUUAACAUUGUAUCAUAUAUAUGUAUAUCCAUUCUACUAUAAACAUGUAUCUGUAUCAAUAUGUGUAAUAACAUCAUACCUAUCAUUGAUUGCUGUGUUGAACUUUGUCAUUGCUUCAAUGAUGGAUCCUGGAAUCAUUCCAAAGAAUCAACAAAGACAUGUGAAUCAUAUCGAUCAGGACGAUGACGACGAAUCAUUAGACGACGACGACGACGAUGAGAAAGAAGAGGAGCAGGAUGAUGGUGCUACAUCGUCACCAUCCUCGUCAUCUGAGGAAGCAGCAGAAAUGGGCAUGACAAAGAAGAAGGACACUCCAACUCUACCCUAUCACCUGACAACAAAGUAUUGUCACCACCUAGAGCAUCGCAUUGUAAUGAUUGUGGACAUUGUGUUCGUAAAUUCGACCAUCAUUGUCCUUGGAUUGGAAACUGUGUUGGACUUUGGAACUAUCGUCACUUCCUUCACUUUGUCUAUACACUCUCUGUGGUGCUACUGUUGGUGUUCUCAACAUCACUCUACCAACUGA